AUGAUAUUGAUAUUAACUGUUAGUAUCGCAGCAGUGGUUGUGUCGACCGAUUCCAGCGGUCAGUCGCCGACGAACCAGAAGUAUGUGUCGAUCGGUUUGCGGACCAAUUGGUUGGAAACGCCUCUCUAUCUGGAGUUCGCGGAACUGUUGGCCCAACAAAACGAAGAACUCGUUUGGCUUUACAUCGAUUUGAUCCAUAACUUGUUGAACUCGUCCUCAAUCCUAUCGCUGUCCCCGCGAUCACAGUAUGACAUUAUCCUCCAACUCUCGGACCAGUUGUUGUCCUCGAAGUCCAUGUCAUCGGUGGUGAAGUUCUCGCUCUCUUUGCGAACCCAUUCGCCGACAGUCGCUAUUGAUCACAUAUUCCCAAACAGCGGAUCAGUUGAGCCCAAGAUAACAGUCAUUCUGUACGGACAGAUCGGAACGAAUGCAUUCCAAGAGAUUCACAAUUAUUUAAAACAAUCGGCAGAAAAGGGUUUAAUUAAAUAUUCGUUCAGACAUUUUGUAAAGUCUGGCAGUGAUAGCAAAGUGAGUCUCUCGGGCUAUGGGGUAGAGUUGGCCAUCAAAAGUACGGAAUACAAGGCACAGGACGACACUCGGGUGAGGGGUGAGGCCACACAAGACACGGCGGCCAUCCAUGAAGUGGAGAACAAAAGGCCGGACGAAUUGGAAGGCUUUGUGUUCUCUAAACUCAAGCAAUCGUUUAGCGAUAAAAGUGGGAAAAUAGACGAAUUUCAGACACAUUUGAUGGACAAAGGAAAAGAAAUCGUGACUUUAAAAGUGUGGGAAUUGCAAGAAAUCAGUUUACAAGCGGCCAAAAAGGUGUUGACAUCCGAGAAAAGCGACGCCUUAAGAGUUUUGCGAGAAAUAUCGCAGGACUUCCCGACAGAGGCUCGAAAUCUGAUCAAAAUUAAAGUCGACAGCGAUUUGAAGAAAGAAAUGGAAAGAAAUCAACAAAUGUUCGCUCAAACACUCAAUUUGGGAACGAGUGACGUCGCCCUCUUUGUUAACGGCCUCUACUAUGACGUCGACACCAUCGAUGUCUUCACACUUCUCGAUGUGAUUAGAAAAGAGCUUAAAUUGACUGAAGGAUUGCAUCAAUUGGUUGGCGAUAAAGACGAUCGGCUUAAGAAACUCAUUAAGUUAGACAUCAAUAGCGAUAAACAAGACUUUCAGAUUGAUAUAAGGGAUGGAGCGGUCAUUUAUGUGAAUGAUGUGGAAAAUGACAAAAUUUACCAGAACUGGCCGUCGAGUCUUCAAGACAUGCUUCGGCCCACAUAUCCAGGAAUGUUGAGAAAUGUACGCAAAAAUAUAUUCCAUUUGGUUCUUGUGUUGGAUCCGAGCAAACGGGAAGCGCACGAUGUCUUGAAAUUAGCCGAAUCUUUUUAUGUCCACAAAGCGCCCGUUCGCAUAGGUAUUGUGUUCGCUGUGAACGCCGACACUUCGGUUGAUGGCCGUCAGGACGCAGGCCUCGCAUGUCUCGAGGCAUUCAAUUUCAUCAGUCAAGACAAGAGUCCAUACGAAGGACUGUCUUUCUUGACUGAUGUGAUCGCAACCGUUGGCGCCGAUCGAGGCGUUCAAAGGGACCUCACGUCUGAAGAUGUUAUCAAUCAGUUUAAAACCAAAUACAAGAACGAAGAUUUGGACCUAAUAUUUGGUUCUGAUUCUGAUUACGAUACGGGCCGUAAGUUGGCCUGGGAUUUCAUUCGCCGCACAGGUGUUGGCAAACCUAUCAAAGCUCUCCUAAAUGGAGUUGUCCUCAAAGAGACUCAUCUGAACGCAGAAAUGUUUGAAGAGGUGGUGUUGACUGAGAUUAUGAAACAAACGAAUGUCAUUCAAAAAGCCAUUUAUAAGGCAGAGUUGAGUGAUUCCGAUGACGUUCUCCAAUGGCUUAUGACACAGAAGAGUGUUAUGCCUCGACUCAACCGAUUGAUACUCAAUACCGACGACUCAUCCAAUGUUCAUAAAUAUAUCGAUUUUAGCGGUAAAGCACUGGACGCUAAGUCAGCCAACAAUUACGAAAGUUUGAGUUUAAAGGAUUUGGAAAACACGUUCGCUUCCUCUCUAAACUAUAUUACAUCUGAUUCAGAGAAAUGUAAUUCAGUUACAGUUUGGUUGGCAUCCGAUUAUCAAAGCAAACCCGGAAUCGAUAUGUUAUUGUCAGUCGUCUCACAUUUGAGAUCAAAUAGCCUUUCCAUGAGAUUAGGUUUGGUUCACAACUCGUUUAGCGUUGUCUCAAAAGUGAUCGAAUCAGCCAUUGUUUCCAUCACUCGAUCCAACCAUUUGUUACAAUUUCUUCAUAAAUUCCUUAAUUCUUUGCAAGCGAUUGAUGUGUUAAAAGAAGAGUCAAAAGUCUUUGAUAACGCCAUUCAUUUGAUUAGUGAUGAAUACCUCGAAAAUUUUAAGCAACAAUUCAAUGCCAUGUCAGACAACAGUGAGAUUUUCAAAGCACACAAAUACUUUAGCCUCAGAUCUGACCCGUCUCUUGCUCGGGAAUCAGAUUAUCUCUUUAUGCGCUGGUUAUCAAAACGGUAUAAAAUACUCACAGAAUUGACUGACGAAGAAAAGUCUGAUCCGCAAAAGUGCAGUGAUUUAGUUCUUAGAAUUAGUUCUAUUCUGUUAUCAUUUCCACAAUCAAAGGCCAGACACGACGUGAAAUUUUUUGCCGAUAAACACAGUGUCGUUAACUUAGAGCCCAUUCGACCCGACGAGCCAUCCCUUUAUUUGGUCGCUAUUAUGGAUCCGUUAACGAGAGGAGCACAAAAAUUGGCGCCAAUAUUGGAUACUUUGCAUCAAAUAUUUAACACAAAAAUACAAAUCUUUUUCAAUUGUGUGGACAAACACUCGGAAAUGCCAUUAAAAAGCUUCUAUCGAUUUGUGAUCGAAAGCGAACCAAAAUUUUCAGACACCGACGAAUUGAUGCAAAAUACAGCACACUUUUCAUCGGUACCCACUUCUCCUCUACUGACUCUAGGAAUGGCUGUUCCCGACAAUUGGUUGGUUGAGUCAACACUUUCUCUCUACGAUUUAGAUAACAUCCAUUUGGAUGACGUCGAGGGCAACGGUAUAUCAGCUGAGUUCGAAUUGGAACACUUACUUCUUGAGGGCCAUUGCUUCGAGCAGUCGUCGGGUAAUCCUCCGCGAGGACUGCAAUUCACUUUAGGCACAAAUAGCACUCCUGUUGUCGUCGACACUAUAGUUAUGGCAAACUUAGGGUAUUUCCAACUCAAGGCUAAUCCCGGCCUUUGGAAUCUGAACUUAAGACAGGGAAGAAGUUCUGACAUUUACAGUAUUGUAAGCCAUGAGGGAACCGAUUCAACGCCCAGUACUUCGCAAGUGGUGGCACUCUUAUCGAGCUUUAAGAGUCAUGUCAUCAAAAUUCGUGUCAAUAAAAAGCCGGGAAAACAGAGCGAUGAACUGCUUUAUGACGCGGACGACGACGACAUGGACGACAUGAACAGUAUUUGGAGCUCUUUUAGUUGGAGCUCAUCUUCGAGUCCUUCUAAGAAGAAGUCGAACAAUACUGUGACGGAAGGCGAAGAGACGGAUCGGAUUAAUGUAUUCUCUUUAGCGACGGGUCAUCUCUACGAACGAUUGCUUCGAAUAAUGAUAUUAAGUGUUCUGAAGAACACUAAAACUCCGGUCAAGUUUUGGUUCCUUAAGAAUUAUUUGUCGCCUUCUAUUAAGAAUGUGUUGCCAUAUAUGGCCCGUAAGUAUAACUUUGAGUACUCUCUGGUGCAGUACAAGUGGCCGCGUUGGCUACACCAACAGACCGACAAACAGCGCAUCAUUUGGGGCUAUAAAAUACUGUUCCUCGACGUGCUCUUUCCUCUGGACGUCAAGAAGAUUAUAUUCGUUGACGCGGACCAAGUGGUUAGGGCUGACCUCAAAGAGCUCAGAGACCUAGACUUAGAGGGAGCGCCCUAUGGCUACACUCCCUUCUGUGACAGCCGUAAAGAGAUGGAAGGUUUUCGCUUCUGGAAGACCGGCUAUUGGGCGACACAUCUUCACGGAAGGAAAUACCACAUCAGCGCUCUAUAUGUCGUUGACCUCCAGAAGUUCAGGAGAAUCGCCGCCGGGGAUCGUCUUCGCGGCCAAUAUCAGGGCCUCAGUCAAGACCCCAACAGCUUAUCUAAUUUGGAUCAAGAUUUGCCCAAUAAUAUGAUUCAUCAGGUAAGCAUCAAAUCAUUACCACAGGAGUGGUUGUGGUGCGAGACGUGGUGUGACGACCAAUCAAAAGGAACGGCCAAAACAAUAGAUCUCUGCAAUAACCCGAAGACCAAAGAACCAAAACUAACGGCCGCCAGACGUAUAGUGUCUGAGUGGCAGGACUACGACAAUGAGAUCAAAAACAUGAUGGUUGAGUUGCAGGAGAUGACAGCCAACAGUACUAUUCAACAAUUCUUGGCUCAAAGCCCGCACUCCGAGUCCCGCAACAGUCAUCACGAAUCACAUAAAGAAUUAUAACAUUAGUUUCUGUAUUAUUCACA